AUGUCGUCUCUUCCUCCCGUUUACAUCGUCUCGGCGGCGAGAACUCCUGUGGGCAUGUUCCUUGGGUCUCUGUCGAGCUUGAAUGCAAUCCAGCUAGGUUCACACGCCAUCAAGUCUGCCGUUGAACGGGCCGGAAUCGCCCCCGACCAAGUCGAGGAGGUCUUCAUGGGCAAUGUGCUCUCCGGAAAUCUCGGCCAAAACCCCGCCCGACAAUGCGCCAUCGGCGCUGGCCUUUCCGAGUCUACCGUCUGCACCGCCGUCAACAAAGUCUGCGCCUCCUCCGUGAAAGCCAUGGUCAUCGGCGCGCAGACCAUCAUCACCGGGAAUGCCUCCUGCGUCGUGGUCGGCGGUGCCGAGUCCAUGUCCAACGCGCCGCACUACCUCCAAGGGAUGCGGGGCGGUGUGAAGUUCGGCGACCAGACUCUGGUGGACGCCGUGCUGAAGGAUGGCUUGACGGAUGCGUACAAGAAAGAACAUAUGGGAUUGCAGGGAGAGGAAUGCGCGACGGACCAUGGGUUCGGGAGGGAGGAGCAGGAUGAUUACUGCAUCCGGAGCUACAAGAAGGCGAUCGCGGCGCAGGAGGCCGGGUGGUUCGGCUGGGAGAUCGCACCGAUCGAGGUGAGCGCCGGGAGGGGCAAGCCGCCGGUGAAGGUGGAGCACGACGACGAGCCGAAGAACUUCAACGAAUCCAAAACCAAAUCCCUGCGACCGUCGUUCAAGCCCGGCAACGGCACCGUCACCCCCGCCAACGCCUCCCCACUCUCCGACGGCGCCGCGGCCCUCGUCCUCGUCUCCGAAGCCAAGCUCAAGGAGCUGAACCUCACCCCCAUCGCGAAGAUCCUCGGGUGGGGCGACGCGGAGAAGUCCCCCUCCAAGUUCACCACCGCCCCGGCGCUGGCGAUCCCCAAGGCGCUGCGGCACGCUGGGGUGGAGCAGGACGCGGUGGACGCGUUCGAGAUCAACGAGGCGUUCAGCGUGGUGGCGCUGGCGAAUAUGAAGUUGCUGGGUGUGGGGGAGGAGAAGGUCAAUCUGCACGGGGGCGCCGUCGCGCUGGGGCAUCCGUUGGGGGCGAGCGGAGCGAGAAUCGUGACCACCUUGCUGGGCGUGUUGAAAGAUAAGAAGGGGAAGAUUGGCUGUGCGGGGAUCUGCAAUGGCGGUGGUGGAGCGAGUGCGAUUGUCAUUGAAAACCUGCAAUAAACGUGGAGCCAGGGACGGUGACUGUGGGUUGGUUGAGGGCAACAUCGGUUGUGAGUUGGGGGAUUUGAGCAUACGCUGCUAAGCGAGGUUCCAAGCGGCUAGGAAUUGUGAUAGAGCCAUAGGCCACCGAAUAACGUAAUGGAAGUAUGAACAGGUCAUAUCCCUGUUUAUGAACGGUUAAUACUGU